AGUCGACCGGCACUCUUUUCUCCGCUCGCGGCCGCGGUUGCAAACACUGCGCCGGUGCGUGCGCCGGGCAAACAUACAGUGACGCUUGGGAUACAUCGGUGCGGGCUCUAGUGUGCUCCGUUGCCUUUGAAAUUUUCCGCUUCUUUUUUUCUUUCUCUCGCGUGUUAGUUUGGUUUUUUUUUUUAAGGGGGUUUUCUCAGUUCUCUGCGGAAGAUGAAGAUGCCGAAGAGCGCCGAAGAGUAAACCAGUUAAAACACCGGAGGUAUACUUCAAUCACCUACUCGGAAAAGCUCGCAAAGGACCAGUUACCGGUAUCCCGGGCAUCAUGGGUCGGACCGGCUACACGUGCAUCAGGCACGUCUUUUGCUCGCUAAAUGUCCUCCUUUGGCUGUGCGCCUGUGGUAUGCUCGGAGCCGGCCUUUGGAUGAGAUUCAACUAUCCGUACCAGUACGGCACCCUAGUGCCGCAGCACACCUACGCGUCUCUGGACGUCCUCGUCCUCGCGACUGGAGGCAUCACCUUCGUCGUCGCCUUCUUCGGAUGCUGUGGCGCCUGGUUUCAAUCCCGGUGUCUCCUCAUCACGUACUUUAGCUUGAUAAUCCUGCUGUUUUUGGCUGAAUUCAUGCUGGGUGCCCUGGCCUUUGUCUUCAAGGACCAAAUAGCGGCGAAUCUCAAGUCCGAGCUGCUCCAGGGGAUAACCGAGCACUACACCGACAGGGACGUACACGAGACCGGGACUUUUGCCAACUUCUGGGAUACCAUACAGACCAAUUUCCACUGCUGCGGCGUGAACAAGUACUACGAGUGGUACAACAUCAAGGCGUGGCCGGGCGAGGAGCGAGUCCCGGAUUCGUGUUGCAGGGUGCGCGAGCGGUACUGCGGCAAGCAGUACGACAACGAGGAUAGGCAGUUGAAUUGGUGGCAGGAGGGCUGCGCCUCGGCCGUCCAGCUUUGGCUGGUCCAGGGGCUGCACUUUGUCGGGACCGUUGGCCUAGUCGUCGGCUCCGUCCAGCUGUUCGGCCUCAUCGCCAGCAUGAUACUGUUCUGCACGGUCAGGCACAAGCGAUCGACGCACACCUACAAAACUCGUCGAUCGUUACAGCAAGGCGGGCGAGAUCAAGCUCUGCCGGUUCUGGAUGAGGGACAACUUUUGAGAUAUUGGUGACGACGAUAUUACGACAAAGACUACCCAUGUAGCCUUGCCCCUCCCCGACGAUCGACCAUCACGACAAUCGACUGCCCAACCGUUACGACGCCACUUUUGUUUUAACUUUACCAUAUGAGCCAGAUAUUAAUGAACCGCGCCUUUCGACCCACUUGGUGAACUUUUCUUUACAGUUUCGUUGCUUUCUUUCCUUUUUUUUU